GCUGCGGAGCUACACGGAUUUAACCCAAACUGUGCAAUUCGAUCCGACGGAAUAAGUCAGGUGCGCGUGCCCGAGCCCGCAGGAAUGUAGACGGUACCGAUUACGGUUUUGGUCGUGGGACGGUACGGACAGCAGCUCGGCUCCGCUAUCUGUCUGUGUUUUUAAAGAACAAAGCUUAGAUUUUCACUGGGGGAGACCGGACCCAGAUCCAGCCCCGUGAUCUUACGGUGCCUCUUGACAGAUAGUGUCAGUGUUUCAUACGCGCUGCUAUCGCUAACUAGGAUAUUAUGUGUUAAAGAAAGCAGCGAAUCGGGUCAAUCGGAAGAGCCACGCACCGGGAAAUCGACAAGUGCAGAAAUACUUCAGGAGGAUGACAGGAGGGAGGCUCAUGGUUCUCCUCCCGAUCGUGGCGCCGCUCGUUGCAGCGGAGGAAGCGUAGAUACGCGGCCGAGGAGACGCCGAUCGCGCCGCAGGGAGACUCGGUGGGGUAUCAUGCACUGUAUCCGAUGCGGAAGGUGGGUCCGAGGUCCUAGGAGGUAACAAAGUGCCAGUCAUGCCCAUCUUUGUUUCGUGGCUGCUUGUGAGACUCCUUAGCUAGGCUGUAGGGACAAACAGCUGCUACCAGCUAGCUUUCUGGCUGAACCAGUAUACCGACGUUUACAUUGUGAUAAUUUCUUUUGCAAAACUAGGCUUUCAGUUCUGAUUUUUAUGUCUCUUUUUUAGAGGAGGUCAAGCAUAUAGAGGUCUCGGGAGUUAUUCGCGUUGCAAAGCGUAACAAGUAAACACAGCCGCCGUAAACAAAUCGAUCAGCCGACUGGGAGGAUGCGGAGCCGGCGGAAGCCUGGCCCGGCUUGGUCGGGUUGCGGAGCCGGACUCGUGGUGCUGUGCCUGUGUGUGGCACCUUAUGGGGCCUCCGCCGUUGUCGGCGAAACCAAGACGGUGUACCAGAGAGAUGCAGAAUUCGAGGUUACCUACAACGACACGGUGACCAGCGACAUCCAGACGAUCUACGCCUUUAAUCACACUGUGUCUCGCAACAAGACAGAGGGGGUGCGGGUGUCCGUGAACGUGCAGUCGGAGCAGGUGGACAGCCCCAUCCUGUUCGUUGUCAGGCAGAAGCAAGCAGUAGUCUCCUUCCAGGUCCCUCUCGUUCUACGUGGACUAUACCAGCGGAAGUACUCCUACACCCACGUGGGCCGGACCCUUUGUCAGCCCCCCACGCGUGCCGCCAGCGAGAUCCAGUUCUUCUUCGUGGACGUGUCCACGCUGUCGAGCCGAGGCGUGAACUACCAGCUGCGGGUCAGCCGUGUGGAGAGCUUCACGCUGCUGACGGACACGAAGUUCAGUUUUGUUGCCACUCCAUCCCAGCCUCAGUACUUUAAGUACGUGUUCCCCGAUGGAGUGGACUCUGUCAUUGUCAAGGUCAAUUCCCAGAUGACCUUCCCCUGCUCCGUCAUGUCGAUCCAGGACAUCUUGUGUCCAGUGUAUGAUCUAGACAACAACGUGGCUUUUAUCGGGAUGUACCAGACCAUGACAAGGACGGCCGCCAUUACGGUUCAGAGGAAGGACUUCCCAAGUAACAGCUUCUACGUGGUCAUCGUGGUGAAGACCGAGGACGAAGCCUGCGGGGGCCCUUUGCGUUUCUAUCCCCUGCGGCCCGAUGAGCUGAUUGACGCUGGAAAUCGGAGUAAAACCUUGGACGUCGUUGUCUCCCCCGCAAUCAGAUCGGAGGUCUACGUGAUGGGCAUGCUCUUCUGUCUGGGCAUCUUCCUGUCCUUCUACGUGAUCACCUUCCUGGUGGCCUGUGUGGAAAACAAGAGCCUUUGCUGUGUCUCCUCCCCCAGGAUACACAAACGGAGGGAGGGGCUGCUGAGCACCCCGGUAGCAUCGCCGGCGGAGACAGCUUCUCUGCUCGGUAAGGGUCUGACCCCCGGAUCCCCCUAUGAGUAUGGAUCGAUUGACAACAGCAGCCUACUAAGUUCGGAGCCCAUUACGGACAGCGUAGGGUCGACCGACGCCAACUAUGGAUACAUGGAGCGUUCCCUGGACAGCGUGGGCCGCUGCAGGCAGGAGUCGCUCAGCUCUGUGGAGGAGGAUGAUUACGACAUUCUAGCCGACGUCGAUUCCGACAAAAACAUCGUCCGCACCAAGAAGUUCCUGUGUGUGUCAGAUCUGGCUCGUAAAGACAAGAGGGUUCUGAAUAAAAAGUACCAGAUCUACUUCUGGAACAUCGCCACGAUUGCAGUCUUCUACGCUCUUCCUGUGAUCCAGCUGGUCAUCACAUAUCAGACGGUGGUGAAUGUGACCGGAAACCAAGACAUCUGCUACUACAACUUCCUCUGUGCACAUCCCCUGGGAGCUUUGAGUGCCUUCAACAACAUCCUGAGCAACCUGGGCUACAUCAUGCUGGGCCUGCUCUUCCUGCUCAUCGUGCUGCACAGGGACAUCAUGCACAACCGGGCGCUUCUGCGGCAUGAGAUGGCGGCGCAGGAGUGCGGCAUCCCCAAACACUUUGGCCUCUUCUAUGCUAUGGGCACGGCCCUCAUGAUGGAGGGCCUGCUGAGUGCCUGCUACCACGUCUGCCCAAACUACACCAACUUUCAGUUCGACACCUCCUUCAUGUACAUGAUUGCGGGGCUCUGCAUGCUGAAGCUCUACCAGAAGCGACACCCCGAUAUUAACGCCAGCGCCUACACUGCCUACGCCUGCCUGGCCGCCGUCAUCUUCUUCUCCGUACUGGGAGUGGUGUUUGGAAAGGGGAACAUGGUGUUCUGGAUUGUCUUCUCUGUCAUCCACAUCAUAGCCACACUCCUGCUCAGCACUCAGCUUUACUACAUGGGCCGCUGGAGACUGGACUCUGGCAUCCUGAGGCGUAUACUCUAUGUGGUCUACACCGAUUGCAUCCGGCAGUGCAGCGGCCCCAUGUACAUCGAUCGCAUGGUACUGUUGGUAAUGGGCAACAUUGUUAAUUGGUCUCUGGCGGCUUACGGACUGAUCGAACGCCCCAAUGACUUUGCCUCUUACCUGCUGGCAAUCGCCAUCUGCAACCUCCUGCUCUACUUCGCUUUCUAUAUCAUCAUGAAGCUCCGCAGCGGUGAGCGGAUCCAUUGCCUGGCUCUGGUGUGCAUCCUCUUCACCGCGGUGGUCUGGGGCUUUGCCCUCUUCUUCUUCUUUCAGGGACUGAGCACCUGGCAGAAAACCCCAGCUGAGUCUCGUGAGCACAACCGCAACUGUAUCCUCCUCUCCUUCUUUGAUGACCAUGACAUCUGGCACUUCCUUUCCUCUAUCGCCAUGUUCGGCUCCUUCCUGGUUCUCCUUACUUUGGAUGAUGAUUUGGAUACUGUACAGAGGGACAAGAUUUAUGUCUUUUGAGGGACAGUGCGCCUUACUAAUCCUACACACUAGCCAUUCAUGAUGCAGCAGUGAGAGAUGGGCAGUAGACAGUCGUGCUGCGUGAUUGGGAGUGAGGGUCCGUUCUUUCUCACAGCCAGAGGGGGGCACUGUGCUACAAAUUCUGAGCCUCUGAAAACAGCUGCUGUGCCAAGUGAUGACUGAACAGCACUUUGGUUCCUCAUCACUGAUAUGUGUCUGUCUGUUAUCAAUGGUGAUAUCCAUGUUAAUGUUAAUGAUAUUAAUGCUAAUUCAUUAAUGUCAUAUCACAUCUGAGCUGACUUGCUCUCAUAUGUCAGGAAUUGCAGAGCUUUCGGUGUGACUUUGCACGCAUUUCAGCUCUUUGUCUGUACGCCUGUGGCCUUCAAUGUUCUUAUCUAGUGCAAACCUGAAUCUCUUCAGCACUAUUUCCUCAAUAGGAGCUGACCAUGGAAGUGAUUGUAUACAAGAUGUAAUGUCCAUAAGAGCUGAGAAUAUGUUUUGUACUGUAUGGGGGUGGGGGGAUAACAGAUUUUAAAAUUUAUGAAUUUAUAAAGAAAUGUCACUGAAUAAAGAUUUUCAAAACUA